ACACGAACUUUUGGUGGGUAUUUAAUUUUAAGGAACUAAAUAGAAUUUUUUUUAUGCUAAUUUUCUGUACUAUCUACCAAAAAUUAAUUUUGAAAUGAGUAAACAUUUUGUUGUGAAAUAGAAAUAUCAUUGUUUUAAUCUUUAAAUAGGUACCUAUCCUAAAAAUGUAUUGAGAUUUAAUUUCAAUUACUAUUAUUCAAGUGUUAGUAUAAUAAAGUACUGUAAGUAAAAUAAUUAAUAUACGAAAAUGUCACAAGGAUAUACUGAAGAUUAUAAAAUGAAAAAGUCUCCAGUGAAAAAGAUAAAAGAUGAUCGUAAACAAUUUGGUUCCAAAACGAUUACCAAUAGUUCUAGCCAAACGUGAUGGGUCUAUCGAACGAAUUCAAGAAUCUGAAAAGUGUCAUUCUCAACCAACAAUAUUAAUUAAGCCUCGAGAUACAGAAAAUAGGUCUUUGUCACCUACUCAGAAGUGCAUUCCUCAAACCAUUAUUAAGAAGGAAGAACCUUAUCAGCCAUGCUUACAAAAAUCAGGAAAUGAAGAGCAAGUACAACCUCAGACCGAAAUGAAAGCCCCAGUUAAAGUGAUUGAUGAUUAUAUGCAAUUUAUCAAUGAGGGUUUAAGUAAUUGUUUACUUGACCAGACGGAUUUCUUAGUUAUUGGCUGUCUGGGUUUACAAGGUGUUGGAAAAUCUACACUUAUGUCUGAUAUUGCGAACAAGCCAAAUUUAUUUGCUACUUCUACAUCUGAAUAUCUAGAAACUACACAAAACUGCACCGCUGGUAUUGAUGCAUAUAUAACUAAAAAUAGAAUUAUUUUAUUGGACUGUCAACCAAUAUUAUCAUCAUCCGUUGCCUAUUCAGCUAGCCAUAAGCGAAUGGGUCAAUCUAUAGAUCCAUCGGGUUUAGUAAUUGAUAAUGAAAUGAUUUCCUUGCAGUUGGCUGCGUUUUUAUUAUCUGUCUGCCACAUAGUGUUAUUGGUGCAAGAUUGGUUUUUCGAUCCAAAUAUAUUUAAAAUAUUGCAAACAGCAGAAAUGUUAAAACCGGCAAUGCCUACUUCCCAUCGCAAUGAGGAAUUAGUAGAAUAUUUUCCUCAUAUUGUAUUUGUACAAAACAAAUCAUUUUACUCUGAUUUCAGUAUUGAGCAUAUUAAAACAGUGCAACACGUUUAUUCACAAUUAUUUGCACGAUCUCGUCUUCAUAUCCAAAGUGGAGUCAGUAUUGCAAAUGGCAAUGUUAUAACUGAAUUAAACCCAUUUAAUUGUGGUGAACCAAUUAAUUUAUUUGUCUUAGCUAACAGUGAAAAGGAUAAUAACUCUGAAAAGAAUGGUUAUCAUAAAAUGCAUCCAGGUAAAGCAAUUUUGAUGCAAGAAUUUAGAAAACAACUACUAGGCUUACCGAUAUCACCUCUCACACAUAACCAAUUAACAGAAAAAACAUGGUUUCACUAUUGUGCCAAAGUAUGGGAUUUAAUAAAAAAAAGUCAAUUCUUUAAUGAGUAUAAUAGACUUCAUACAUAAUUUUGCAUACAAUUUAAUGUUUUUAUUUAAAAGAUAAACAUAAUACAAAUAAUUACUAAAAAAUGUAAUGUAUAUAAUUUAUUACAUAAUAUAGUAUUGUUAU